CAUUGCUUUGUACACACUGAUUGGGCAGUGUUUUUAUUUUUAUUUUGUUUGAACAAGCCAAUAUAGCUUAAUAAUACUUUAAUGCAGCCAUUUAUUGUCAUACGCAACUACACGAAAGAUGACGAGCUCAAGUGCCAGGAGCUGGUGCGCGACUACAUCAUGUCGUUCUCGAACAAGUCCUUUUUCGUCUAUUGCUUUCGAGAGAUCACGCUGCAGUUCAUAGUCAUCACCUGGGCCAUAUUCUUCAUAUUCCUGGGAGUGCCCCUGCUCUUCUGCGCCCUCACUGUGCCUGCCUGCAUUUUCUGCCUAUUCACCGGCACAUACUUUUCGUUUUACUCCAAGGCAGUGGAGCUGAUGAGGACCAAGCCCUCGCAAUCCCUGGUGGCCGAGUGCUAUGAACCCUUCAUCUUCCGCUGCUCCCCCAAGGAGGCCAGCUAUCAGAUCUUCAUCGAGAACUGUCCCUAUGAGGAGGUAUAUAGGAGGAAAUUCCGUCGCAGGAUUGUGGCCGCCAUUAGUGUGAAGAACCACCAUGCCGUCUACAAUGCGGCCUGGAUCUAUCGCUUUGCCAUCGAUCCCAACUAUCCCUACCAGACGAUCAUGGAGCCCAUGGUAAAGCUGGUGGUCAAGAACUGCAUUGCCGGCGGCUACGCCUCGCUGGAGUGCACCAUGUCCGAGUGGCAGGAAAGUGAGCGUGACUUCUACGACGACUUUGGCUUCGUCACGCGGCAGAUUUACCACAAAAAGAUCAUCGGCAGCAGUCUGGCGGUGAUGAAGACCCAACUGACCUACGGUUUGCGUACCGAAGAGGCUCUGCACAAGCAAAACUAAUGCAAUAUCAUUGGUGCAAUAUAGAUAAUCUCCAAGUUCUGUGAAAUCUAGUUCAAUAUUUACGUAUUUAUUCUGUGAACUUUACAUUCCAGUCACAUAUUGCGUCCCGAACUCAAAACACACCGAAUUAAGCCCUAGAUGGUUCUUUCUUGGCGAUUCGACAAAGUUAAGAUAAUAACAUUCCAUAGAAAUUCCUUUUAAAA